UCCUGAAUUACAGGCGGGGUUUAUUGUUUUCUCGCGCAUGUGGAUAUUUAUGUCUGUCUGUGGUCCGUUACAUUGUUUGAUCUCCGUGAUCCGGUCGGGACUUUAUUUUGUUCAUAUUUACAGGCUCUCAAUACUGUAGAUGUAACUAAACAGUCAGUGAUUGAUCGGAGUCUCCUGACGCUUGAUCCGUGAGAAUCAGCAAAUCCGAGUAUGAAGGAUAAACUCUGAAGAAAAGACACUCAGGAGCCUGUUUAUAAUGGGCUUCUUUCUUAAUCUUCAGGAAAUGAUUCAUAUUUAAAACACCAUGCCUCCAGUGACCUCUCAGGAACUCCCUCUCAACAUCUAUGUGGUCAUCUUUGGGACUGGGAUCUUUCUCUUUGUUUUAAGCCUGAUAUUCUGCUGCUUCUUUAUAAGUAAACUGAGACAUCAAGCUCGCAACGUGAGAGCCGGAUACAAGAUGGUUGUCUUUAAAGAUGAAACAACACGGUUACAUGCACACGGGUUAACAUGCGCAGUCUGUUUGGAGGACUUCAGGACAAAAGAUGAGCUUGGAGUGUUUACCAUGCCAACACGCCUUUCACAAGAGGUAAAUUCCUCCGAGGUCUUUUAUCAUGCUAAUGCUAUUAAAGAAAAGAGGUUCAGUCUUGAAGCGAACUCAACAUGGACUGUGCCUCGCGACUGUGAAAGCCCAUUCACACCAAGAAAGAACUAUAAAGAUAACUCACAAUAAUUAUAACGAUAAUGCAAUACGAUAAUUAUCAGAAUAACACUCUGUUUAUUAUGAGCAUGCGCUGCCGUUAUGUCUGGAUUCUGAUUGGCUCUCAAAGUU